AUGGCUGGAGUAAUUGAAGAUGGCGUCAAUAAUGGAGUAGAACAUGUUGAGGACGAUAUUGAUGAGGGAGAGGGAAAGAUUAUCGAAGAGCGGGACAAAGAGGAGAUCUUCGUCAAACCGCUCUAUUCGUAUUACUGCCAUUGUGGACAGGUAAUGUUUUUAAUUUAUUUUUUUGACUUUAGGCACAGAAGUUUUGUGUUUGCCCAGUUUUUCCAUGAGUAAUAUAUAUUUAAUACCUAAUUUUCAGAUGGGAUUGAUAAGCGACACACCAUUGAGUCGAAUGCCACUGAGGAAGAGGGAUAAAGCUCGUGUAAUAGACCCUAAAUGGACAUCGGCCAGAUUAUUUGUGGAACAAGGAGAAACAUUUUACGUUAGACGGUACGUGACUUAAGAUACAUUGUUCUUGACUUUUAGGUGUUUUCUGGUGUUAAAAAUUACUCGCUAAGCUGUAAUAAGACUCUUGUAUGUUUAUAGAGAGCUUCAGCUUCAUUCACCCUAAUUUUCUAUUAAAAUACCCAUUUUUUGCAGAAAAGAAGGUCUAGAACAACAAUAUCGAAGACAGUGCAAGAAAUGCGGAGUCCCCUUAUUCUACCAACAUCCGUUUAAUCUCGGAAUCACCUUUAUAUUUGAGGACGCAUUAUUGACUGCAAAACAAUUGGGAGGGAAGGUUGCGAAUAAUGAAGAAUUAGUUACCAAGAUGGUCAUGACGAAACACAUCAGAAAUCAAGGAAAAGUUGGAUCAGUUACAAUCUCAACGGUGGCUGAGGAAGAAGAGGAUGUUGAGCAGGUAAGCUAGAGAGAUUUCGAGGGGUGGGAUAUGUGUAAUACGAUGAAAUAUUCCUGAUGAUACGUAAAAUAAUUUUUUGGAUUUCAUAAGCGAUUUGCACGGGUUUGAUGCUUGAGAUUUUCAGAGAGAUGCCCUGGAGACAUACUCAUCAAACGCCCGAAUUGUCGAGGAUCAGAUGCGCCGUCGAGGAAUGGUCCGUCAGCGGUAUCAAGCACAAGAUUCGUCAGCUCCUCAAGCCAAAAAGACCAAAAGAGGAACCCUGUUAUUGUAA